GUUCAUUGUUGAUUUUCCGUCGUGAGGGUGGUGGGUGAUGCUCCUGCAUGCAACGAUAAUUUUAUUGCAUUGCUUUCUUCACGCUAGCGCUAUUCUGUUUAUAGCCUAAUAACUGUGUCUGUGAACCGUUUUAUGUAUCUGUGUAUGUGUGAGUGCGUGUUCUUAAAUGUGCUUGUGUUUUAUUCUCGUAAAUGACGAAGUGUGGUGAAAAGUGAAAAAAAAAAACAAAUCCAAAUUUUCCCAACCACACGCGUUGCUUGCGUAUGUGGUGGCGGAAAAGUGUGGCGCUCCUGCUGCAACGCGGAAGUCAGCUGGUUGCUGCUGGUGCAUACUAACAGAGCACCACCACCCCUCACUCACACACACCAUGUGAUGAUACAUUUCUUUGUUUUGUUUGGUGCUGUGCUGUUUAGUGAUUAUCAUCGUAGAGCGCCAUCUCGGGCAGUGGAACGAUGUCAUUACACACAUGCUGCAGUGUGCAACCACGGCAACCGAAACCGUUCUGAAGAGUGUGUAUGUGUGAGAGUGAGUGAGAGAGGGGUGGAGAGGAGUGUGUUGAAAAGGGAAGAAGGGUGCUGUGUGAUUCCGGAACUGUUCGGAACUGCUUUGUUGUUACUGUCGAAACACACGCAUGCAAGGCCGAGGACCGGCGCCAAAGGAACCUCCACCACGGAUCCUCCACUGCGCAGCAUUGCUGUGAACGCUGUAAACCCAUCGAAGGAAAUAAACCAUGGCAUCGUUGAAGGUUGCCGUACGGGUUCGUCCCUUCAAUCAAAGGGAGCAUGAACUCGGCGCAAAGCUCAUCGUGCAGAUGGAUGGGAAGAAGACGCGUCUGCUGAAACCGAAACUGGGCACGGGCAAUGGCGUACGGGGUGAUCUGGCGUCCCGGGCCGCCCUGGACCCGUUCAACGACUUCACGUUCGACCACUCGUACUGGUCGGUGGAUGAGCGCGACCCACACUUUACGCACCAGGAGACCGUGUUCGACGAUCUCGGCACGGAGAUCGUGGACUGCGCCUUCCAGGGGUACAAUGCGUGCGUGUUUGCGUACGGACAGACGGGCAGUGGCAAGACGUUCACGAUGAUGGGCACACCGGAAGCGCAGGGGCUAAUCCCGCGCAUUUGUCGCUCGUUGUUCGCACGCAUGAAGCUCGGCCAGGAGGAGGGCACGGGGUACAAGACGCAGUGUUCCUAUCUGGAGAUCUACAACGAGCGGGUGAAGGAUCUGCUCGGGCCGAGCAGUGCCGGGCAUGGGUUGCGGGUGCGCGAGCAUCGCACGCUCGGGCCGUACGUCGAAAGCCUGUCCCAGCAUCCGGUUUCGGACUAUUCGGAAAUCCAGAACUGCAUGAUCCAGGGCAACAUCCAGCGGACGACGGCCAGCACAAACAUGAACGAUACGAGCAGCCGGAGCCAUGCGAUCUUCACCAUCACCUUCGUGCAGGCCCGCUACCUCAACGAUCUGCCGAGCGAAACCGUGUCCAAGAUCCAUCUGGUGGAUUUGGCCGGCAGCGAGCGGGCCAAUGCGACUGGCGCUACCGGGCAGCGGCUGAAGGAGGGUGCCCACAUCAACAAGUCGCUGGUGACGCUCGGCAGCGUCAUCUCGGCACUGGCCGAGCAAACGAAUCCGACCAACAACAAGCGCGUACUGUACAUCCCGUACCGCGAUUCCAUCCUAACCUGGCUGCUGAAGGACAGCUUGGGCGGUAACAGCAAAACGAUCAUGAUUGCGGCCAUCUCACCCGCCGACGUGAACUACAGCGAAACGCUCAGCACGCUCCGGUACGCAAACCGGGCGAAGAACAUCAUCAACAAGCCGACGAUCAACGAGGAUCCAAACGUGAAGCUGAUCCGCGAACUGCGGGACGAAAUCUACAAGCUGAAGCUGAUGUUGUCGAGCGAUAGUGGGGCGGAACUCGAACCCCAACUCAAGGUGCUGGAGGAUCUGCACAAAAAGGAAGCCCAAGAGAAGGUACUGACGGAAGAGUGGACGGAAAAGUGGCGCGAAGCGCAAAGCAUUUUGCGCGAGCAGCGAUCGCUCGGGUUGCGCAAGUCGGGCGUGGGCGUGGUGCUCGAUUCGGAGGUGCCGCAUCUGAUCGGCAUCCACGACGACAUCAGCACCGGCGUGACGCUGUACAGCUUGAAGGAGGGCGAAACGACGAUCGGCACGGACGAGGCGCCGUACCCGCAGGACAUCUUGCUCAACGGCAUUGGCAUUGCGCCGGAGCACUGCCGCAUCGUGCUGUCGAACGGCAAUGCGACGAUCUAUCCCAAUCCGAACGCGACCUGUCUGCUGAACGCGAGCAUCAUCGAGGUGCCGACCGCGAUCAGCCAGGGCGACAUACUGCUGCUCGGCCGGACGAACAUGUUCCGCUACAACAAUCCGGCGGAAGCGGCCAAAAUGCGGCAGGAAAGUAGCCACCAGCAGCGGGCGUCCCGGCUGGAUCUUUCCCGGCUGUCGCUGAUUGCCGCGUCGCGGGAAAACCUUUGCGCGAGCUUUAUGAGCGACGACGACGGUGGCGUCAGCGGGUCUUCGCUCAGCCUGUUUGGUGGUGGUGGUGGUGGUGGUGGUGGUAUGGCUUCGCCUCAGGGCGCCUUUCGCUUCCGCCAGUACACGCCGAGCCGGGAGGAUACGGAGCUGCAGGACGAGCAUCGCAAGAUACUGCAAACGAUCGAAAACGCUUUGCGGCAGCUGAAUCUGGAGCGCACGCGCAUGCACGAACAGUUCAAGCACAAGAUAAGGCUGUGCACCGAGGAGCUGGAACGGUUGGAGAGCACCAAGCGCGACCGGUUGACGGUGCUCGACUGCCGGAUCGGGGAGCUGAUGGCCCGCAAGGAGAUGGUGCUGUGGGAAAAGAGCAACGAAAAGACGCAAGUAGACAUAUUAGUGCGGCAGCUGUCCGCGCUGCAAACGCAGCUGGAUACGAAGAAGCGCGAUUUCUAUGAGUACGUCGCGAAAGAACUUCAGGAAUUGCAGGACUGUGGCCGCCUGGACGAGGCAAGCAGCGAACUGAUACGCAAUGCUCCGCAAACGGAAGAUUAUUCUGAAAUUUUGCUACAAAUAUCUCGCUCCCUCGACAACUAUUCGCAGCAGUACAUCAAAGAGUUUGUUCGUCGUAAUCGGGAUGAGAUCAAUAAGUACGAAGCGGAGCUGUCCGAGAAGGAGCAACAGCUGGCGGAAAGCACACAAAAGAUUGCCGAUCUGGAUCAGAAGAUAAUGGAGCUGGAGCAGCAAAACAGGGAACUGUUGCAGCAGCGAACACAACAAGAGCUGGAAUUGAUUCAGCAGAAGAAGCUUGGGAUGACACUGAACCUCACGCACACAAAUGGUGCAGACGAUGGUGAGGGUACGGGCGAGCAGGACGGCCUACUGCUGGGCACAAACCGUGCCGGAACGCUGGAAACGUGCGACACGUUCCACACGGCCAACUCGGACUGUUCCUUCGUGUCCGCGCUUAACACGCCCGCCCUAAACUCGUUGAAUCAACUCAUACCGACACCCAGCUCGACGGAAGACGGUACCGAAUCAGAUACGGGCGAUCGGGACUACGAGGAAGCCACCUCGAACGGGGGCCUGCUGCAUGGCGGUAUGAGCGACAGUGGUGUGAGCUUCGAAACGAAUCGAGCCACCGAUACGGCCGCAGCACUGCACACGGAGGUGGAUGAAAACGAAAGUGAAGGGAGCGUUGACAGACAGAGUAGUGGGGCGGCUAGCGGGACGGCCAAACUGCUGUUUCAAUCAGACGACCACUGUCUGCUGCUUGCCACCUCGUCCACACCGAAUCCAAAGUACGGCGGUAAAAAGCUGCCGACCACAACCACGACCGUAAUCGUGACGGAUGGCGGUGGGCUGUUGAAGUCGAACCAGCAGCAACCGCAGCAAUCGCCGCGGAUGCGCCACAAAUCCUCGGACUCGGAGGAGGAGCGUACCACCGUCACGACCAUGUCUUCGAUCGGUACGCCGGGCUCCAACCGGUUGAAGCUUUCCGUGCCGAACCGGAACCGCAGCAACAGCAACAACAGCAAGAGCAGCAGCAUGCGCACGGAAAUCUUUGACAUCCGGCACGGUAUCCAUCCACUACGGGUGAGCAGUGUGAGCAGCGGCACCGACGGCAGCCACGAAGAGGAGGAGUACGAAGAGGAGGAUGCGCACGGGAGGCGGCGGCGUCGGCAGGAGGUCGAUGAUGAGGAGGAGCGACGGUCGCGCGGAUCGUCCAUCGACAACAGCUCGAUCACGUCGUCGACGGCGAACCUGAUCCUGUGCGAGAUGAACCAUCUGCGGGAAAGCAUCGCGAGCAAGAAGGCCGAGAUCAUGAAAAUCCUCGAAACGAACGGCGACAAGAAGCUGCUGGACGGGAAGAUCGGCGAGUUGCAGGAUCUGCAGAAGCGCAUCGUGCAGCUGGAGAUCAAAAUACAGGAUGUGGAGAAGAGCUGCCUGUCCGACGGGGAGCUGCAGCUGGACUCGAUGCGGGACAUUCCCGAAAGCUUUACCGACAGCGACGAUAGCCGGGUGGGCAACUCGUGCAUCUAUCCCGGGUAUAUGCGGGCGCGCGACCAGGGCAGUAUCUACGCACCAAGUGUUACGCGAUCGUUGCCGUCCAUCGAAGGAACUUAUCGUUCGGAUCAUCUGAUAAACAUCCCGACGUACAUUAUUCGAGGUGCGGGAAAGCAAACGCACUACGAGUAUGAGGUGAAAAUAAAUCUGCCAGAUGAACGAUGGACCUUGCUGCGACGGUAUAGCCGCUUUCGUGAGCUGCAUCUAACGAUGAAGAAACUGUACGGUGAUAAGAUUGCUACCAUACCUUUCCCGCGGCGGGAACUGUUCGCUUCAAACACGGAAUCGGUAGCGAAAACGCGUCGUCGCCAGCUAGAAACGUACCUGCGCCGGCUGCUGGUGGUGUGUGCCAAAAUCCCCCACUGUCCCAUCUACGAGGGCGAGGGACGGCCCGGACUAACCAAGCAGACGCUUAUCGAGUUUCAUCCAUUUUUCAAGAAAGGUUUGUUCGAAACUGGCAAACAUGGCACGGGAUAGUAGCACACCUGCGUCGGAGCGUGGCUAGAUCCUGCCCUGCCAGGUCGGCGGUAUUGGUUUCGGGCGUUUUAAUUUUGUGAUGUAAAAGACUUGUAGAUUUCUAUGCCAAGGCGUACUUGUGUUAGGUUUGUUUUAGGUUUUAGGUAGUAUUAAAAAGAAGAAAAAAACUAGUUAGGAAGCAAUCGACCCAUUCAAGGGUCUCUGUACUCUGUUUCCGUUAGUUUGUUGAGUAGCAAUUGUGCAAAUGAUCCUAGGGAAUGUGUUUUAAAUGUGUACGUUACGCUAUUUUUCUAUUUACCAAUUCUCUCCCCUCAUAGUUUUGUGGUGGCCUUUAAUUAAUCCACGACGGUGUCUUACCCAUUUAGAAUCGCGAAUAGCACAGCAUGUUAGGCUCAAAGCAGAAAUGACAAAACAAUGACAAUAAUAGCCUCGUCCUCCUGCACUUGUUGCAAUGUGUGGUGAAACGUUCAAAACGGUCCUACGGUUCCAUCCAUCCAUACAUUCAGCCUCUUUCGGCGGAAGGGUGUCCAUCGAACAGCCACCGUCCUGCCCGUAGUAGCUUCACCGGACUUUAUCGUUGCAAUGGAUAAAGUGUUGUCAGGUUGAAAGCGUAUCGGGCAAUAGAGACGUUUCGGUCAAGAUGGAAUGGGUGGGUAAAGCAUGAAAGGUAAAUGUAUAUAAGUGCACAUCGGUUAGCCAUUGCGCGUUGGUUACAAUCCUUUUAUAGUAAGUAAAUCGAUUGAAAGUUAGCUUUAGGUUUGGCUAAGUUUGCUAGUAGAGAAUAAGCUGAAAAAAGCUAGUUUCCUUUUCCGUUACGUUUUAUAACAUCAUGAAUAUAUAUAUAAGGCAGAGGAGCGAUCAUAUUAAAAUCGUUAAAAUCUACAUACAAAGAAGAGAAAACAAACAAAAACACAUCUGAUCGUCACGAAAUCAUAAUCGCAUCAUAUCAACAAUACGUACAACACGCGUAAUUCUUGUAACUGUGUUCCGGUUAGAUAAAACUGUUCAUCAAUUGUAACUAACUGUGAUUAUUCACCCCCUACCCUCCACCCCUCCUAACCCUAGUUGUGCUAGAUCCCAUGUUCCCUCGCGCCCGCAGUUAUCUAGUUGAUGCUUGUUAGAAAAUCCCAAACCCCCUGCCAAAGAAUGGUACUGCUGCAAUGCGCAAUAUAAUAUCAUCGUCGAGUGCUUUCCCAUAAUUCAGACAGAUCAUGGUUUACAUCCCUUGCCCGUCACGUUAGUCAUCUCUCGUUCGAUUUUCGUCUCACAAAACUGUAUAGUUCUAGAAGUAACUCGUGUGCAUUAACUCAUUGUCUGUUAGAUAAAGGGUUAGAAGUUAUUAGGUGCGUAAGAAAUUUAUUUUAUGAAUAGAGAACGAGAGAAAAAGAUAGAGAGAGAGAAAUAGAGAGAGAAAGAGAUAAAGAAACGAAAGCGAAAAUCUAGCUUUAGGGCACUAUGUUGUGCACUCAACGCAUUCGUUCGUCUCUCGCUAGCGCUCAUGGUUCUUCCUAGAUUUUGAAUGCAGUUUUUGUUCGAAGCUACAAAUCGAUUGUUAUUCUUUUCUACGUGCUGCUUUCAAUUGGGCUGGCAGAGUAGUGCUUGCUCGCACGAAAUGCAGCAUAGUAUUAAGUAACUCAGGAGCUUGUUUACAUCAGAGGCCUGUAUGUUAGGAUAUUGAAAUCGAAAGAAAACACGAAACAUUGAUGUUAGAAACCCAUACUGUUUAGGUGAUCGUUUAGGUAUCCUGUGUGGUAGUGUGGAAUAGAAAAAAAAACAGAACAUCAAACAUCAUGUUGUGCAUACAUUUUGUGUGUGUUCGAGAAAA